GUACUGGUACCGAGCUGGACACCUCCACGCGAGCUCCAGACACGGUCCGCAACAUGUUGCAGGGUGUCCCGGGUAUCAGUUCUUCCUGGGCUGCUGUGGAAUCUGGCUUCUGCAGGAAGCUAUGUGCUGCUGCUACGUCGUCGGUCUUGCAGCUGGCACUGGGGGUUUGGGAUUUUGUAGCGAGGACAGCGAAGGAUCCGGGAUGGGGAGCGUUGUCCCAUUCCGACAGCGCUACGGCCUUCGCCACGCUGGCUGGCCGACCUUCAUUCGUGACUGCUGCUGCUGGCUUUGGUGUCUGCCGUGCCAAGCUACACGGGAGUACCGGCAAGUGA